UCUACUUGCGUGGUUGUUUUAAUCCCAAAAUGUUGUUCUUCUUAUCAUCAUUUGCAGACAUUAUCAUUGAUCUUCAAGCACGUUCGUCUCGGGCAAACAGGUUGGCAUCAAAGCUAGAGACAGAUGGGAAAUCUACUUGCUUGGUUGUUUUGAUCAUAAAAUGUUGUUCUUUUUAUCAUCAUUUGCAGACAUUAUCAUUGAUCUUCAGGCACAAUCAUCUCGGGGAAACGGGUCGGCGUCGGAGCUAGAGACGGAUGGGAAAUGUGUCAAUGUAUUAAUCCCAAAAUGUUUUUCUUUUUGUUAUCAUUUGCAGACAUUAUUGUUAAGUGGAAGCAAAAAGACAGCCAAAUUGCUACUAGAAAGUAAAAAAGAAAGCCUUUACAUGUUGUCACAAAACGGUGCCGUCACAUGGGACUGGAACUUGUCCGCCAUUAAAAUAGCCAUCUAAGAUCGCUGGAAUCGUUCUGUACUUCGAGGACCGAAACCCGACAAAAUUACUGACAUAACAAACGACGUCGUAAUUUCAUGUGGAUAACAAACACUGUCGUUCCCGUGAUGUUCAGUUACCCAAUUCCCAAAACUUCCUCUUUGAUUGCUUUAUCCCUUCCUUUUCCCAUAAUUCCCAUCAAUCUUUCAACCCACCACCUGUAAUCAUUUCUUAAAAAGCUCUCUCCGACAUCAAUGGCUACCGCCGCCGCCGCCGCCGCCGCCGCCUCAUUCUUCUGCGUUGCCUUGUCCCUGGCUACCCUUUUUGCCUUAUCUCCAUCAGCCGUCUCUGCAAUAUCGGCUUCUCCACCUGUUCCGCCUCACAGAGCUUCCCAAAAUAUGUCUUCGUUUUUCCCAUCUCCGGUCGAUGGGCGUUCUUCUCCCAUUUCUGCUGCUCCGGCGCUGGAAUCCGGCGAGUUCAUAGGGAAGAGGAGUGGGUCCAAUUCUGUGAAGCUCAAUCAUGGGAUCUCAGCUUUUGGUUUGAGUAUUUGUAGUGUUUUUGGUUUAAGACUGGUUCUUAACGUUUGAUUCGAAGAUUUGAUGUUUUGAAAUUGUGUUUUUAGAACUCUGUUGAAUUGUUACAAAAUUGCUCUGAAGUUGUGUGGGUUGAUGAAUAAAUCACUCUUGCCUUAUUUUAAA